GAACACUCCAACUCAAGUCAACUCUUCGUGUAUAUAUAUAGAGAGAGAUAUUCCUACUUGUAACGCACAAGAACAAGAGAGAGAGAGAAAGAAAGAUUCAAAGAGAUCUGUUGCGGAGAGAGAGAGAGAGAGAGAGAGAGAGAGAGAGAGAGAGAGAGAGUGAAGAUGUCGAUAGCUUUGCUUUUGACCUCGCCGGCGAUGAAGCAGAAGCCGCCGGCGAUAAAUUCUCCUGAUCGUGGCUUGGGAUCUUCUACUUCUCGUCCUCUUCGAGUUUCGUGUGUCUCCACGAACCCUGCUGGGAAUAAGAACGAAACAUACAAUCAGUUUCGUCCUAUCAAAGAAGUAAAUAACCAAAUAACACACACAAUACCACAAGAGAAGCUCGAGAUCUUCAAAUCCAUGGAGAGUUGGGCAGAAAACAAACUAUUACCUUAUCUCAAACCGGUCGAAGACUCGUGGCAACCACAAGACUUUUUGCCGGCGCCGGAGACCGACGACGAAUUCUUCGACCAAAUCAAAGAGAUCCGAGAUCGAACAAAGGACAUUCCUGACGAUUACUUUGUGGUUCUUGUCGGAGAUAUGAUCACGGAAGAAGCACUUCCGACGUAUCAAACGACGUUAAACACACUUGACGGCGUUAAAGACGAAACCGGUGGGAGUUUAUCGCCGUGGGCGGUUUGGAUCAGAGCGUGGACGGCGGAGGAAAACCGUCACGGUGAUUUGCUUAAUAAAUAUCUUUACCUAAGUGGUCGUGUUGAUAUGCGACAUGUUGAGAAGACUAUACAGUAUCUAAUUGGUUCUGGUAUGGAUUCGAAAUUUGAGAACAACCCUUACAAUGGAUUCAUCUACACUUCGUUCCAAGAGCGAGCGACUUUCAUCUCUCACGGAAACACGGCGAGGCUAGCCACGACCUACGGCGAUGUAGCCCUCGCGAAGAUCUGCGGCACGAUCGCCGCCGACGAGAAACGUCACGAGACGGCUUACACGAAGAUCGUGGAGAAGCUGUUCGAGAUCGAUCCCGACGGUACGGUUCAGGCGCUGGCGAGCAUGAUGAAGAAGCGGAUCACGAUGCCGGCUCAUCUUAUGCACGACGGAAGAGAUAACCAUCUUUUUGAUCACUACGCCGCCGUGGCUCAGCGAAUCGGGGUUUACACGGCAACGGACUACGCUGGUAUCCUCGAGUUUCUGCUGCGGCGGUGGAAUGUGGAGAGUUUGGGUUCAGGGUUAUCAGGGGAAGGAAGGAGAGCACAGGAUUACCUGUGCACCUUACCGCAGAGAAUCAAGAGGUUAGAGGAAAGAGCCAACGAUAGGGUCAAACUUGGGUCAAAACCCUCUGUCUCAUUUAGCUGGAUCUUCGGUAGAGAUGUGAAACUAUAGAGAGAGACUUUAAAUUUCAAAUAACAAACAAUAAUAAAAAUUACCAAACAAAUAAAUAAAUAAUGUUUGUGAACAAAUAUGACUUGUAGUUGUGUGUGUGACUCGUGAACUUUUGACUUGUGAUUAUUCAAAUUGUCAAUCAAUUUCUAUGUAUUCUAUCGUAUUUUCAACAAAACUUAGCGAAG